AUGGCUUCUCCUCAGUCCUCGGCAGGGCCUGACAAGGUCAUCCCGCUGCACUUCUUUGACGACACGCCCAUGUUCACCAGGAUCACAAUGUACGCUCUCAUGGUCUUCGACGAGGUGCUGGAUCCAGAGAAGCUGCGCAGCAGCCUCGACAAGCUCGUGCGGCGCGACACCUGGCAGAAACUCGGCGGUAGGGUCAGGAAAGGGGCAAAAGGUCUUGAGUACCAUGUCCCGCAGCAGUUUACCCAGGACCGCCCAGCCAUCGCAUACACGCACCUCGCCCACGACAUGCCAAAGGCAGACCACCCAAUCGCCUGCAAGCUGCCGACGCCGGCCAAAAUGCCGACCGACCGGCCGGCCACGGUGGGCAACCCGGAGGAGUGGGCGGAGCUAGCGUGCGGGGCGGACUCGCCCAAGUCACUCGAGGACUACACGCUCACGGACCGGCCCGUGCUGGGCCUCCGCAUCGUCUCCUUCACGGACUCGACGCUCGUGACGAUCCAUUGGCUGCACGUGGCCAGCGACGCCAUGGGCCUGCGCGCCAUCGUGGACAGCUGGGUGCUGAUCCUGCAGGGGCGCGAGGACGAGGUCCCGUCGCUGCACGGCUUCGACGAGGACCCGCUGCGCGAGCUGGGCAUGCACCCCGAGGAGACGUACGAGGUGGCCAGCUCGGCGCUGGGCUCCCUGGCCACGGGGUCGUACGUGCUGCGCAACGGCUACCGCCUGCUCGUCGGGAAAAAGGAGAACCGCACCGUGUGCAUCCCGCCGCGGUUCUGGCAGAAGAUGCGCGAGGACUGCCUCCAGGAGCUUCGCGACGCAGGUGACCCGAGUGCGUUCCUCACGGAGAACGACGUCCUCACCGCCUGGUGGUCGCGCCUCGCCGUGUGCCACCUCCCCGCCGACAAGCCUGUCACCAUCAUGCAGGCCAUGUCCGCGCGCAAGGCCCUGGCGGGGGACCUUCUCCCGCCCGACAGGCUGUACGUCGGCAACUGCCUCAGCUUCAAGAACCUGCUGCGCACCAAGAAGGACAUGGACGCGUCGCUGGGCCGCCUGGCGGGCGACAUCCGCAAGGCCGUCAACACCCAGGGCACCCGCGCCCAGGUCGAGGCCUACCAGGCCAUGGUCCGCGCCAACGCAUGGCCCCUCGGUCCUCUGCCCGUCUUCUUUGGCGCCUCGAAUAUGCACCACGUGGGCUAUUCCAACUGGUUCAAGUCCGGCGUGUACAUGGCCGACUUCUCGUCCGCCGCCGUGAAGACGCUUGACGGGCCCCUCACCCCUUGUUUUGUCUCGCAGAUCCAGACUGGUUUGCCCUACCCUGAAGGGUUCAUCAUCACUGGUAAGGACGCCAAGGGCAAUUAUUGGCUCGAGGGGUAUCGACCUGCUGGCCUGUGGGAGAAGGUUGAGAAAGAGCUGGCCGCGGGGACGAAAUAA